AUGGUUGUUGUUGACUCUAAUGAUAACACCAAAUUGAGUGUCGCCGUUCCUAAUAAAUGGGCUCACCUAUCUUCGUUUGCGCCGACUGUUACUGCAGAUAUUAAAAGCUACAUAGAAAAGCGUGCAAACAUAGGUCACAGUGGUGUCAAUCAGUUAGGUGGUGUAUUCGUGGGAGGACGGCCGCUUCCCGAUUCAACACGUCAGAAAAUCGUGGAGUUAGCUCAUUCUGGUGCUCGGCCAUGUGACAUAUCACGAAUAUUGCAAGUUUCAAACGGAUGCGUCAGCAAAAUUUUGGGGAGAUACUACGAAACUGGUAGCAUUCGACCUCGUGCCAUUGGCGGCUCAAAGCCACGCGUUGCCACUGCGGAGGUUGUAAGUAAGAUUUCACUAUACAAACGUGAAUGUCCCAGCAUUUUUGCGUGGGAGAUACGCGACCGAUUGCUGCAGGAAGGAAUCUGUACUAACGACAACAUACCCAGUGUUUCCUCUAUCAACAGAGUGUUACGCAACCUGGCUGCCCAAAAGGAACAACAGCAGCAGCAUAGCUCGCUUUUAACAAAUGGCAGCAAUAGUAAUGGUGGCAGUGCAAGUAGUGUCACUGGCAACCCGAAUGCAUCCAACUCCACCAGAAGUAUCGGUAACGGCUCUGGCGGAGGUUCUAGUAGGAGCAGCGGUGAUAUGCUACAGACCACCAACACGCCGCUGAACUCUGAUGGCAGUGUUGGUAGCAGUGCAGGAGGAGGAGGUGAUGAUGGUGGUACGAAUGGGAUAUCUGAUGGAAUUGGCGCUGCUACAGACUCCACGGAUACUGUUUAUGAUAAGUUACGCCUAUUAAAUGGAUACCAUCAACAUGGCAGCAUCGGUGUGAAUUCAUCGUUUCCACCACCAUCGGGCGCACUGACACCAGCAACAUCUCAUCAGCAUCAUCAUCACCUGGAACCUCACUCGCACCCACAGACUCAUCCGCAUAUGCACGUUUCGACCGCCUCUCUGCCACCUCAUAAUACUCAUCACCAUCCUCAUCUUGCUAUCUCGAAUCAAAGCUGGCCGCCACGACACUAUUCUACCUCAUGGUAUUCGCCUCCACUAAAUAGUGAUGCUGGCGCUGUUAGUGGUGCAGGAGCAGCCUCGAGUGGAGUGAACAGAGCCAGUAGUAGCGGCAUUUCAUCACCUACCGAUAUUGUGACUUCAGCUUUUGCGUCAGGUGUAUUGCCCCUUAGUCCGCAUGGAAGCGGGGGUGGUACUGCUAGCGGCCACGGUGGUAGUGAGAGCACAGGCAACUUGUCCUCCGCGCAAACCACCAGCUGCGCAAUAAGCGAAGAAAUAAUUCUGAAGAAGGAUGAGACAAUGGACAAGCAUGUGCGUCGCGACAUUCUUAAAGAAAAUUUAAGUCCUAGUGUGAAAAAACUGGGUCUUAAUGGAACAACUUGGCAAUUUCAACAAGAUAAUGACCUAAAACAUUCAUCUUAUCUUGUGCAGGAGAGCCGUUUUUCGCGUUGUGAUAAACUUAACGGAGACAUUGAAGAGACACAUGUGGAGAAGGUUUGUGACUAUCCCAGCAAGAAGAGUGGCGGUCACGUUACCCUUCACGUAACCGCCACGCGUGGCCGUUAA